GUUUUCCUCGCAGAAUGGAAGUAGUCGUGCAGGCGAUACGGACUAAACUCGCCUGAUUUGCCAGGAUAUUGAAGUCGUCCCUUUUUUCUUUUUUUUCUGAGUAUAAGACAGCCAUUACAACGAAGCCCACCUGUGUGGCGCCUCAUCUUAUAGUGCCCCCGUAUGGACGAUGAGGAGGAUGAUGUGUUUGAGCCGGACCCCCACUGCUGGCGCACCGCAUUCCGGGAGAUAAAGUGUGAAGACCGGGGCACACAGACACCUGGCCCUGCCCUGGCACCGUACAACGGCAUGCUGCCGUGUGGAGUCGCAGAGGAGCCCAGACCACUCUUCUACGGCAACGCAGGUUUUCGAUUGCACUUCCCGGCACACUUUGAGCUUGUUGGGGAUCAGGAAGCGAGGCGACGAGAAAGCGAAGGGGAGCACAACGGGAUGGAGCAGCUUCCCCGGCAGCGACCUGUGGCCCGCAGUGUGGAGGCCUGCAUUGGCCAGAAACUCCAGCUGAUAGGAGACCAGUUUCACCGGGAACACCUACAACUGUAUCAUCGAAACCAAAGGAACCAGGGGCCGCUGUGGUGGCGCCUGGGUGCAGCUCUGCUCAGCCUUCUGUUUGACAGGGGGUUCGUUGCUGGAAGAGGUGGAGCGGGACGGAGGUGAGGGGGUCCUCCCCUCAUACCCCUUUUCUUCAUCUAUCUGAGUAACUGGACUGCUAAUGGCACUGUCAAAUCUAACACGGGUCUGUUUUUGGGGUGGAAAAAGAAAGGAGACAAAAAGUCACCGCGGGACGGAGACAACCAACUUUUAUACAAGGUCUUAUGUUUUUUUCUUUCCAAGAAGAUGCCAUGAUUCUCCGAGAUUCAUCCACAGGACAAUGUUCAUAUUUUGGUAUACGUGUGGUGUAGUAGUUUUGUACAGUACAUUGUUCUUGUUAAAUUUUUUGCACUUCAACAUGUAUCCAUCUUUAAUGACCUCCACACACCCUGGGAAUGCCUUAUUCAAUGUAUUCUGCCAGAAUGAGUAUUGGGCAAUUUUGACAGGCAACAUGAGAUGGUUAGGAAAUGAGAGGAAAUAUGGUUUGAGGUUUUCUUUUCUGAAGUUUCCCUAGUUGAUUUACUAAUUUCCAAAGAGGCAACUUCUCAGAACAAAGCAAUUUGCACCUCACCUCAAUGGAUCAUUUAUCUUUUCUUAUUUUUCUUAAUUUUGAGUUUUUUUGUUUUCUCACUCUCUCUCAUUUUCUUUGGUAUGGUAUUAAGGUUGAACAUGAUCCCUCAGUAUCAUUUGAUCGAGUCUGCACACCUUGACUUGUAAUCUGAAUAUCUUUUCAUGCACCUGUGUUUUAAGGCAAGCCUUUCUUCAGUCAUGUGCUACAUGUCAAACAAUUUGAACAUUUUGAUUUAGUUUGGCUCAGUAAAGUAAUGGGGUGGAGUUAGCAGUACUGAACAUCGGUGACUGGUUAACAAGUUCAACAAGCCUGGUGACUGCCAGCAAACCUGUGUACAACAGCAUUUGAUCAGAUUGCAAGCAAGCACUGGUUUGUGCUAGCAGCAAUAAUAGGAAUUGGGAGUUUAAAAAAAGAAGCUAACUGUAAGUAAGUCAGUUAUCUGACAAAACCACAGAAUAUUAACAAGCAACCUAACAGCAAGAAAUACAUAAUCAGCAGUGGAAUAUUAAUCAGUAAUCAGUAUCAGUAAGAGCAACACACACACAUAUUAUUGCACAAUAGUCAAUGGUUUUAAGUUACGCCGAUUGAUAACUUCAACUAACAUUUUCUUAAAUUGCUGGAUGUUGUCUGACAUGUAGCACACUAAAGAGGGGCUGGGAAAGAAACCUAAAAAGAUGCAUGAAAAGAUGUGUAGAUUUAAGUUCUGUUAUGGUGAGUUUUGCAUGCAUUUUGGAGGUCAAGUACCUGUGCACUAAAUUUUAACUUUAGAGUAAAGCACAUAAACACCUAGGAAAACUAUUUGGCUAAGUCUACCGUAAUGAUUUAAAUUUCAGUUUUAGUGAGAACACCAGAUACUCUUUCUUCAGUUUAAGUUCUCCCUGUGUUUUAGAUGUGUUCGUUUCAUGUGAUUGUUUUCAGACCUCCAUGCCCUUGAAGUGGAACUGUGGAUCCACUGUUUUUGCACUAGACAAACACCCUACAAGAGCUCAGAGAGUUACCAAGUUAACCUCUGUCUUGUAUGAAGGUUUUCAGUUCUAACUUGUUUUCUUGCCACAACAUUUCGGAUGUAUUCACUCUUAUGUCCAAGACAAAUAAUCAAUGUUGAGACCCGACUGAACGCAGCCUGGAAUCUGGAUUGGAUUUGGGUUCUGGAAAUUUCACGUACCAGUGUUUCAGUAGACAGUUAGAGCAACAUGCCUCCAUUGAAAGGUUUCUGUCCUGGUUUGUUUUUCACAGCCCGUGUGUUUUGAACACCAAACGAUACUGCAUAAUCAAUCUGUGAAACAGAUCUUCUCAGGCUUCCUUUAUGGGGUUUUACAUCAUUUUAUAUUCUGAUCUUGUGUUGUCUCUGGUGCUCAGAUCCAGAUUUGGGACAUUUGUAGUACAUAUAAGCACCACUGACUCAGCAGACAAAUGACAAAAAGACAAAAGUGAAAAUGACUGUAAUUAUUGUUGAAAUAUGAAUAUGUUUAAAGACACUGUUGACGAUGCUGUUUGUUAUGUUUUCCAUCGCUGAACCCAGGCCAACUUUUGGACCCAAGGAGCAGUACAUAUCAGGGGUCUGUAAUUACUUGCUCCUUACAAUGUGUCAAGUUUAUCACUGCAUAAUUAGGGUUUCCUCUCAUUUUCUUCAAGAUGUCUCAGGGACGGACUGUGUGGGCUACUGGUAACCUUGAGAAUCUGUUACAUGGUUAGAAGAAGAGCAGUGUUUUAUGACAAAACCUAUUUGUCAAGUCUCUUAUUGUCAUUUCAGUAAAAAAAAAAAAUCCCCUUUCUCAGCACACACAUAAAGGUACAGUUGACGGAGGAAACUGAGGCUCACUUGCUGACUGUGGUGGUGAUGGGGGCUACUGAGCAUGUAGUAGUAGGCGUGUGAGGUGCACUGAAUGUGGUUGUGGUUUCCUGCAGAUCCUGAACGCUGAGCCAGUCCCUGUAGCACCCCGUCUCACCAUCGACUCCUGGUGUCCUCUUUGUGCUGCUCCUUUAUUACAUGGGUAUUGUUCAUCGGUUCAUUUUUCUUUGUAAUUUAUUUUUUACCGACUUAUUUAUUUUUGUAUUUGCCCAUUUCUACUGUAUACACUUGUGUGUGCAAUUACUUCUUAUUUUCCUGUUUUUGUUUUAGUCUUGGACUUCAGUUGUUUGACUCUGUGCAGAGCAGGUUGGUUUGCUUCAUGUGAUUCUCAACCCAGAUUCUAAUUCUUGUCUAUCUCCCGCAGGCUGUAAGAAAUUAGACCCUUUAUGAAGAACAACAGCUAUGGUCAGUUUGAAUAAAUGCAUACAUGCUAAGUUGAACAUCAAUGUUGGUUCCACGUGGUCAUCUGUCAGAGCUUCACAACUUUGAUGGGGACAAUUUUGUGCAGGGGAAGUAGUGUAUUCAUCCAUAUAUCCAAAAUAUUACUAUUAGACGACAUUAUAACUGACAUAAAUUCACAAUGACCACAGCUGCAGCUCUUCAUGAAACAGAAAAACUACAAACCUCAACUUUGAAGCCUACAUGUGUUUGAUCCUCAAAAAAAUAGAUUCUGGGUAGAGUAUUUCACUUAAAAGCUUGUGAUUUUUCAGGAAUGGGCCCAACCAAUUCAGACCUUUUUCAUUAUCUUUCACCAGUCAUCAUGGGUAGAUUCACAAUACAUGGUUUAGAAAAGCAGCAGCUUCGAAGCAGUUUAACCUUUCAACAGGAUAUGACCUUUGCUUUUUAAUUAAUGAGUCAUCACCCAUCCCACCCAUUUCUAACGAUACAUAUGGUAUUAGAAAUGCUUCAAAACACACAGAAAAUACUCUUCUCGAGUCACAGGGCGUUAGUUUAUGCAUUCAAUUCUUUAAUCUUGAUCAUUUUGUUGUAAUCAAUAUGCACUGGAAAGUACUUUGUUUCUGUAGAUCCCAUGGGUCCCUUAACUGUUGUGUGUUAAUGUAUAGUAUAUACUCUGGAUUGUUCUCUUGGGCUAAUCUUGCCAUGUGUCAGACGUAUAUAUCUGUGCAUUGACCAAGUAGGCUCGGAUUAAUGGCCUGUUUGAUUUAUUGGAAAGGGAAACAAGCCACCGUGGUGCCCUGUAUAAUUUUUGUUAGAAUGAGGUUCCCAAGCUGCACUCAUUACAUUAUAUGUGAGUGUGGAGAAUCCCUAGAGUGGGACAUGUAUUUUAUGGAAACCGUCAGUGUCUUGAAUUUUGUAGUCCACUUUAUAUAAAUUUGAAGUUUUUCAAGGAAGGUUUUGAUUUUUUUUUUAACGAUAACAUUUCUUCUUCAUGGUUUUUCUUAACUUUUUAAAAUGUAUUUUCUUAAGAGAAGGGGUCUGCUUUUAUAAGGACAGUUCAUGCUUGUAAAAUAAUCUUUAAUGCGAGUAGGAUCCUUUUGAAGUCCAUGAGAUCAAGGGCAUUUUUUUUAUAUAAAAAUGAACUUGCAACAUUCCUUGCACAUCUCAUCGUGGUGUAUAAACAAAACCAAGCAAACCAAAAUAAUUCAUUGUUGUGUUUAAUUUGGCUAAUGAGCUGAUAGCAAUGAAAUAUUUGCCCUUCUUUACAGAACAGAUAUAGUGUACAUGUAUUUGUAAAACCCUGGAAUAUGCCUUUAACUGCUCAGUUUCAACAAAGUCUUGAUUAUCACACACUCUCUGUUAUACCAAGAAAUGAGACCCAGCGAAAAUGUAGCAUUUUUGUAAACAUUGACUGUGUGUUUUCGAGACUCUACUGUGCACUCAUUUUUGUGUUUAUAUAUAUUUUUUGGUCGUUGAUAUAAUAUGGAAGUAAAGACAAUUUGUUAUGUAGUGCAAUAUGCUGUACAUAUGGAGCUUUGCUCUACAAAUCUUUUUUCUGGAUUUCUUGUUGUUUAUUGGUACUUUUUUUCAAUAAAAUUUUAUUGAAGGUGUCAA